AUGUUUUAUAACAGCAUUUUAGGGUCUUUGCUGCAAUCCUUUGCUUUUAAUCACGAUCACACAGACCAACAAGUUAUUUUUAAUCUAAGCAAUGAAAAUACAGGCGUCCGAGUUAUAAUUCAUUUCGCGGAUACAGUGGAUCAAGCUAAUUAUCAUGCACAUAUAGAUGAUCAAAUUAAUUCUACUCAAAUUACUUCCAGUCUCGCGCGUGGAAGGAUGCAUGUCAUUUCAAAUUUAGCACGUAAAAGUGAUCAAGUUAGCUCUAUGCUGGAACAUAAAGGAUCCCAAAUCGUGAAAAAGAUAUUGGUCAAUGCUCGUGAAUACGAGUGUAUCAAUGAUAUCUUUCAUUUUUUAAAUAUUCCUCGAAAAAAUCAAAUCCAAAAGCGAGCUUUUAUUACACGAAAGUAUGCAAACAAGUGGCGAAAAUUUGCAAAAAAACGAAGAGUCGAAAAUCGUGGAUUAAUCGUCCGACGACAGCAUCUGAUGAGAAAGUACCUUCAAAGAUGGAAAAAUGUAGUAGAUAUGAGAACUCGGAUGUUAAAAAAAAGAAAAUGCGGGGAAGCAUUUGAUGAGUAUGAAGAAGGCUAUAGGAAAUGUCAACGGUUGGAUCGUUGGGGAUUACGAUAUCCUAUACCACAAAAUCCAGUAGUAUCAAUUGAAUACUGUCGAUCUCGCUCAGUAUUAAAAAAGCGAAAAUUAACAUCACGUCAAGAACGAUUAAUGAAACUGAUAAAGAGAAACAACGGGAAGGAAUAA